AUAUUUUCAUAUGUCAAAAAACAAAAAAUUCAGCAAUCUCUGUUUAAUUUAAUUUAAAGAGCACCGCAGUAGAAAAAAGUUAAAUUUUCAAAUUUCAUCUGGUGUUUCUAACCUAACCUAUAUUUGGGCAGUACCGCAGAAAGUACCAACAAAAGUUUCGUGCGCGGGUUUCGCGUUUGAAAUAACAGUCAGGAACUGUCAGGGUGAAUUAACAUUUGCGGUUCUUGUUGCCAUGAUCAGGAGGGAGGAUCUGCAACGGAAGAUAUUUUAUUCGGACAAGUACAGUGAUGACGAGUAUGAGUACAGACACGUAAUAUUGCCUAAGGAGAUGGUGAAGUUGGUGCCGAAGUCGCAUCUGAUGUCCGAGGAUGAGUGGCGGGGAAUUGGGGUGCAACAAAGUAGAGGAUGGGUUCACUACAUGAUCCACUCGCCUGAGCCCCACAUACUUUUAUUCAAGAGACGUAUCACGGACGCAGAAAAUGGAAACCAGUAGAUUGUAGUUAUUUUAAUAUUCAUUUAAAUAUAUUUGUAUAUUUUUUUA